GCAUUUCGUGUCGGCCCGUCGCGCCGCGUCGACGUUGUGCUGGCUGCAUCAACACGAGCGACCCAAGAGGCUUUUCGUCGCUCUGUCUUGCCACAGACCCGCUGCCCAGUUCAUCAAGUCAGCGCCUCCGUCAUGCCCGGCCGCACUCCAGACAUCAUCGUGCUGCCCAGCGGCGAGUGCGGGCCGCGAGGCGGGGCGCCACAGGACGGGCGGCGCCAGGAGGCCAUCCAGCCGAGCAUCCAGCCCGCCCAGGAGGCGGUCCGGGAGGCGCAGCGACCGCGGAAGUCCCCGCCCGUCCUCAUGGCCACCAUCCCCACAGCCACCAUCCCCAGGGACACCGCCACCGCCAAGCGGCUCCCGGACGCGCCGCAGCGGCGUCUGCAGACGCCGAGGAGGACUGGCGGCAGGCCUCCUUGUUCCUGCACGAGGACUUCGAGGAGGAGUGUGCCUGGCUGGCAUAUGGAGUUUAAGCUCAUCGUCACCCUUCCGCUGGAGAGCGUUGGCAGUGCCCUGUCGCGGCCCCGCGGCGGGGCCUGGAUAUAACGACCCGUGGGUGCCUCUUCAACGACCCGUGGGUGCCUCUUCAACGACCCGUGGGUGCCUCUCCAACGACCCGUGGGUGCCUCUCCAACGACCCGUGGGUGCCUCUCCAACGACCCGUGGGUGCCUCUCCAACGACCCGUGGGUGCCUCUCCAACGACCCGUGGGUGCCUCUCCAACGAUCCGUGGGUGCCUCCGGCCUCUCCAGCGAUCCGUGGGUGCCUCAACGAUCCGCGGGUGCCUCUCCAAGACGUCGUCCGCCAUCGACCCCCCCCCCCCUUUUCUUCUCUCUCAAAAUUCGAAUUAUAACAGUUUGCUUUUA